AUGAACAGCCUAGACGGCGCAGAUGUUGUUCAAGAUGAUGGCACAAUCUCCGAGAAACGCCGACAACUCGCCGCCACCUCAUCCAAAUCAGACCAUGGGACCCCACGAACCGCUGCGCAUGGCGCCGAUCGAAGGACACAGUCACGACGCCGGAAGGUGAAGGCUUGGGUGCUGGCCUGCUACCAGCAGUUUAUUGUCGAAUUCCUUCUCCGCCAGAAACCUCUGCCACCAUCCAAGGACGGUCGUCGGAUUCCCCUGAAUCUGGAUUCCCUGCAAACUCCACAGCUUAUUGAUGAGAGGCGAGGCCACGCCUUCAUCUCAAACGCCAUUCGUACAUCGCGGUACAACGUCUUCGAUUUCUUUCCCAAGCAGCUGUUCUUCCAGUUCUCUCGCCUGGGGAAUUUCUAUUUUCUUUGUGUCGGCAUACCGCAGACCAUCCCUGGUAUCAGCACAACGGGAAAUGUAACGACAAUUCUGCCACUGCUGUUCUUUGUCCUCUUGACUAUCAUCAAAGAGGGUUAUGAUGACUACAAGAGACAUCGGCUGGACAAGGUUGAGAAUGCGCAACCCGUAACCGUUUUGCGCAGGGCGGAUCACUCAUCCGGCUCGGAAACAAAGUACAGCUUGGGCUUCGGGCACUCCGUCCACAGGUCUCUCAACCACCAACGCCACAAGCGCACUGGAACUAUCGAACCGGGCCUGCCAGGGGCCGUUGAUGGUUUCCAGUGGACAGGCGCGGCGUGGAAGGACCUCAGGGUGGGUGAUGUGGUCAAGCUGAGCAGGGACCAAGACAUACCUGCCGAUCUCGUGUUGCUCCAUGCCGAUGGCGAAAAUGGGCUGGCUUACGUCGAGACCAUGGCUCUGGAUGGCGAGACGAACCUCAAGAGCAAGCAGGUCCUGCCAGAAUUCCACAACUGCGACACGAUUCCGGGACUCAUGACCUGCAAGGCAGAAUUCGUGGUGGAAGACCCCAACGCCGACCUAUACAGCUUCGACGGUCGUGUUACCUUGAGCGACAAGACGGUGCCUCUUACUCUCAAUGAAGUCAUCUACCGCGGUAGCACUCUUCGGAACACGCCAUGCGCCAUCGGAGUUGUCAUCAAUACCGGCGAGGAGUGCAAGAUCCGCAUGAACGCCAACCACCAUCCUAGGGCAAAACGACCAGCUCUUGAGAGGGUCUACAACAGGGUAGUCCUCAGCCUAGUAUUUUAUGUGAUCUGUCUCACCAUGGGCUGCUCCAUUGGCUACCUCCUAUGGCAACGGUCCACCGAAAACUACGCCUGGUAUCUCGACGGAUAUACUGUUCCGGGUCAGGACAUCAUCAUCGGCUACGCGAUCAUGUUCAAUAACGUGAUACCAUUGGCUCUCUAUGUGAGUCUGGAAAUCGUUAAGAUCGGGCAGAUGUUGAUGUUAAAUGGGGAUAUGGGCAUGUUCGACGAGGCGACCAAUACGCCAGCAAGAUGCAACACCAACACGAUUCUGGAGAACCUGGGUCAGAUCGGAUAUAUCUUUUCCGACAAGACGGGUACUCUGACGGAGAAUGUCAUGAAAUUCAGGAAGGUGACUAUCGCAGGCACAGCAUGGUUGCACCAGGCAGAUCUAUGCCAGGAGCAAGACGCCUCGGCGGGCGAUGUGAAGACGGAACCGAGCCCAGAGAAGGAUUCCUCCCGUAUACGGUCCUUGGAGAUUGACAGUGAGGCACGGCCUGGUAUCACUCUGUCAAGCCCCGCUGAUGACACUGUUCAAUCCCCGACGUCUGGCCGACGGUCAUCCUCCCAAUGGAGACCCACUGCCCGUGCAAGUCAUGCUCAGCCUGAUGUCACAACGGAUGACCUGCUCGAGUUCAUUCGCUAUCGACCACAGGCAACAUUCUCUCGAAAAGCAGUGCAGUACAUUCUCGCUAUGGCUCUCUGCCACACUUGCCUCCCAGAGAUCAGAGACGACAAGAUCGAAUAUCAAGCCUCGUCACCAGAUGAGCUGGCUCUCGUCAGAGCGGCCCAGGAACUCGGGUAUACGGUCGUCCAGCGUUCUUCCCAGCAGGUCACCCUGCGGGUCUCCAACGCAGAUGGAUCAGAGGUCACCAGAGUGUAUGAGAUCCUCGAUGUAAUCGAGUUCAGCAGCAAGCGGAAGCGAAUGACAAUCAUUCUGCGAUGUCCUGACGGCAGAAUAUGGCUGAUCUCCAAGGGAGCUGACUCCAUGAUUCUGCCACGCCUAAGAAUGGCCCAGGUCGCGCUACAAAAAGCGCAAGAGGUACGCCAGAGUGCGGAUAUGGAGCGCGCACUUCAGAGGAAAAGUUUGCAGCAAGAACCGCGCAACAGCUUCGGCGGCAGACCGAGCCUGACAAUCCGUCGUAGUAUUGGAGGCAACAGGUCAAGUAUAGCCGCUUCCAAUCUUCGUCCUCCAAUGUCCGGCAGGAGCAAAUCGUUCGAGAUCAACAGUGUCUACAGCGCACAGGACCGCUCACGACCAUCGCUCACGAGGGGAUUGUCGCUUGAUGUAACGCCUUUUCUCACUCCCAGCUCGCCUCGGUCGCGUUCUGUGGCCGGUCGUCAGGCCAACAAAUUCGCAUUCCUGGACGAUCCAUCGAUCAACGAUGAGGCGACAAUCUUCACGCGGUCUUUCAAGCUUCUUGAUGAUUUUGCGACGGAAGGCUUGCGCACACUGCUCUUCGCCCACAAAUACAUCUCUGAGGCAGACUACCAAGCGUGGAAAAAAGUCUAUCACUCUGCCGAGACAAGCAUCGUUGAGAGACAGGCUCGGAUUGAAGAAGCUGGCGACCUGAUCGAACAGAACCUGGAGCUGGUUGGUGCUUCUGCAAUCGAGGAUAAACUGCAGAAGGGUGUCCCGGAAACGAUCGACAAGCUUCGUCGGGCGAAUAUCAAGAUCUGGAUGCUCACGGGCGACAAGCGCGAGACUGCAAUCAACAUCGCUCAUUCAGCGCAAAUUUGUCUCCCAGAGUCCCAGGUUCACAUCCUCGAUGUGACCUUGGGCGACCUCGAGUCACAGAUGCUCGAGAUCCUUGACGACCUGCAGAUCUCAGAGAAUGGACCAACACCAGUGGCCAGCAGUCAUACCGUCGUGGUCAUUGACGGGCAGACCCUCGCUUCCAUUGAGAGUCCCUCGGGCGAUUCAACAGACACACAGCUAAAGGACCUGCUCUUUAGACUGAUCCCCUACAUUGAUAGCGUGAUCUGCUGCCGCGCGUCACCUGCUCAAAAGGCUUUCAUCGUGCGCGCCACGCGCAAGACCACUUCGCACCGCCCUGUGACUUCCCCUUCCCUCACUCUCGCCAUCGGUGACGGCGCAAAUGAUCUUGCCAUGAUUGCCGAAGCUCAUGUGGGCGUGGGCAUUUCAGGUCGCGAAGGGCUUCAAGCCGCUCGGGUCGCAGACUAUGCAAUUUCUCAAUUUUGCUUCCUUCAGCGCCUUUUACUGGUUCAUGGACGGUGGAAUUACACCCGCACGGCCAAAUUCGUCCUCUGGACCUUCUGGAAAGAGAUGCUGUUCUACCUACCUCAAGAGAUCUUCACAAGGUGGACUGGAUAUACCGGAACCUCGCUCUAUGAGAGCUGGAGUUUGACGGUGCUAAACGUCUUGUUCACGAGUCUCUGUGUGAUUGUGCCUGGGGUUUUUGAGCAGGAUCUGAAGGCUGACACGUUAUUGGCGGUGCCGGAACUCUACGUAUACGGCCAGAGAGGCAAGGCUCUCGAUUUCACAAAGUAUGCCGGCUGGAUGCUAGGUGCUGGCGUCGAGGGCGUGCUGUUAUUUUUUGGUUGCUGGGCUGGAAAUGGCAUUUUUGGUCAGCUUGGAGGCUUGAGAGACGAUGGUCUCUUUGCGUUUGGGGACCUCGUGUUCAGUGCUUGCAUCAUAUGGACGAACUGGAAGCUAUUGAUCAUUGAGACGCACUACAAAUCUGCCGUUGUUCUUACCUCCUUUUCCAUCACCGUCGCGGGGUGGUGGAUUUGGCAAGUCUUCCUAUCCGGCAUCUAUGCGAAAGCGCCCAGCCCCUACGAUGUCCGGAGCGGCUUCUUCGAUACAUUCGGCCGAGACCCGGGAUGGUGGCUGACUCUGAUUGUUGUCUUAACUCUAUUGUUCGUACUAGAGAUGGGCUUCAAGAUGGCCAAACGCACGAUGGUGAUUCUGGGUCUGUGGAAGUGGGGACGUGGUUGGUGGAAGAGGUGGCAUAAACAUAAUACGAAUUGGAUGGAGGAACACCUAGAGGAUUGGGAUCUAGGAUUAUGGCAAGAGAUGGAGCAGGACGACAACGUAAAGAAGAGGUUGGCAGACAUUCUAGCAGCGGAAGACAGGGGUGAUUACGACGAGGAGGAUAUGACGGGCAAUGUGUCCGUGGGUGGCGAGCAUGUUGUGGCAUAGCAUAACAUUUGCAGGGAUUUAUUAGUUUUUGUUUCUACGUGCUUUAUAUACAUGAUACCAUAUAGGAUACAGCAGAUUUCACCUAGC